AUGAGAGGGGAGAAGGGAGCAGGGGCAGCCCUGGAGGCGCGGGGGGGCCCGCCUGAGGUAACGCCAGUUCGCGGCCCCGGGCAGCCGCCGCGCGGCGCCUCCCGCCGGACGGCCCUGGGGCUGCAGGCGGGGCGGGGCGGGGACGGGCCGGAGUCGGGCUUCCCCUCACCUUUCCCGGCCGGGAGCCGCCCCCGAAGGGCUGGGCCAGCGGCGGCGGGAGGACGCCCGGAGCUGGUCCGCGGCUCCCCGGAGCAGCGCGGCUCCGGCACUGCCUCAGUCAUGUCCUCCAGCUCCCCUCCGGGUGAGAAGAAAAGCCGCAGCCUGGGCCGGCUGUCGCUGCCCAGGAAGGGCAGCAUGACGCCCGGUAAGAAGCCCUCGUCGCUAGAGCUGGCCGAGAGCACCCCGAACGCCCACUACGCUCCGCUCCCCGACGGCCAGGGCGGGCAGCAGCCGGCGGGCAGCAGCCCGGUGCCCUCUCGGGAGCGGCCGCCGCGGCUGAGGAGCGAGGUGGUGGUAGUGAGCGCCGACAGCCCGCGGCCCCCUGUCAGCCUCGACCCCCGCGUCUCCAUCUACAGCCUCCGCAAGCCGUUGCUGAGCCGCAGCAACAUCCAGGGCAGGGUCUACAACUUCUUGGAGCGGCCCACGGGCUGGAAGUGCUUCGUCUACCACUUCACCGUUUUCCUUAUUGUGCUGAUAUGCCUUAUCUUCAGUGUGCUUUCGACAAUUGAACAGUAUGCAGCUCUUGCUACGGGGACGUUAUUUUGGAUGGAAAUUGUAUUAGUGGUAUUCUUUGGAACAGAAUACGUGGUUCGGUUAUGGUCAGCAGGAUGCCGCAGUAAAUAUGUCGGAAUAUGGGGAAGGCUCCGUUUUGCUAGGAAGCCUAUUUCAAUCAUUGAUUUAAUUGUAGUUGUUGCUUCCAUGAUAGUUCUGUGUGUGGGCUCUAAAGGUCAAGUCUUUGCAACCUCAGCUAUCAGGGGCAUCCGUUUCCUGCAGAUUUUACGAAUGCUGCAUGUUGACCGUCAGGGUGGUACAUGGAGGCUUCUGGGAUCAGUCGUGUUCAUACACAGACAAGAACUGAUAACUACACUCUACAUUGGAUUUCUGGGCCUGAUUUUUUCCUCUUAUUUUGUGUACCUGGCUGAAAAAGAUGCUGUAAAUGAUUCUGGAGAAACAGAGUUUGGCAGCUAUGCGGAUGCCCUGUGGUGGGGAGUGGUGACAGUUACAACUAUUGGCUACGGGGAUAAAGUGCCUCAGACCUGGAUUGGAAAGACCAUUGCAUCUUGUUUUUCAGUGUUCGCAAUUUCGUUUUUUGCACUACCUGCGGGAAUUCUUGGUUCAGGCUUUGCCCUAAAGGUACAGCAGAAACAAAGACAGAAGCAUUUCAACCGUCAAAUUCCAGCUGCUGCCUCUCUCAUACAGACUGCAUGGAGAUGCUAUGCAGCAGAAAACCCAGACUCUUCUACGUGGAAAAUAUACAUUCGAAAACCUGCCAGAAAUUAUCAUUUGCUGUCACCCAGUCCAAAACCGAAGAAAUCUGUGAUGGUUAAAAAGAAGAAAUUUAAGUUAGACAAGGACAAUGGGCCUUCUUCUCCAGAUAAGAUGCUAACUGUUCCACACAUCACUUAUGACCAUGUGCCUGAUGACAGGAAACCUGAUUUCAGUUUUGAUACAUACGAAAAUUCUGAUUGUCAGCGCUCCUGGCCAUCCUUUUCCACAGACCAGCAAUCUUCCAGCGCUCCUUCCUCUCCAGUGAAAAAAAGCCCGACGUUUUUAGAUGUGAACACAGGACCCUUCAUCAGGACCAACAGCUUUGCCGAUGAGCUUGACCUGGAGGGUGAAACUCUGUUGACCCCAAUAACUCACAUCUCACAGCUGCGAGAACAUCACCGUGCUGCGAUUAAGGUGAUUCGUAGGAUGCAGUAUUUUGUGGCAAAGAAAAAGUUCCAGCAAGCUAGAAAGCCCUAUGAUGUCCGAGAUGUUAUUGAGCAGUAUUCCCAGGGUCAUCUAAACCUGAUGGUGCGAAUCAAGGAGUUACAGAGGAGGUUGGACCAAUCCAUAGGAAAGCCAUCUCUUUUUAUCUCCGUCUCAGAAAAAAGCAAAGAUCGAGGGAAUAACACGAUUGGUGCCAGGCUGAACAGAGUGGAGGACAAGGUUACACAGAUGGACCAGAAACUGAACCUCAUUACAGAUAUGCUGCAUCAUCUGGUUUCCAGUCAGCAGGGGGAUCAAGGGAACAACAGAUCAUCUCAGAGAGGCAACAACGUUAAUUCAGAUCUCUUUCUCCCUAAUAACACCCUACCAACCUAUGAGCAACUGACUGUACCAAGAAGAAACGAAGAUGAUAUAUCCUGAUAUGGUAUAAGUCUGGAUUGGGCUCUUCCCACCUUUCUCCUUUAAAUGGGACUGAAUGCUGAGAAUCUGGAAGGAAUUAAGUUUAUCCGCUAUCCAACAAAGCACGUGACUGCUGUGUAUAUACACCACUAGUCUCAAACACACUCUUCUAAAAGCCGCUCGUAGUAGCGUAAGGAUUGCCAGGCUGUGUUCUACCAGGCAAAACUUACAGAAACCUCCACAUUGAUUUUGUUCGUCAACAAAAAUGAUCACAACUCAUUAUUGCUCCUAAAGACCAAAACAAUGUAAAGAGAGGCAAAAUUGCAAGGAUUUAGGGAUCCUUUAAUAAUAAUAAUAGUAAUAAUAAUAUUCUAAUAAUACUUGAACUUAGAUGGAAAAUGUGCAUUUUGUUUAUGAAUCUGCAGAUAGCAAUAUAUUUCUACUACUAAUGUUUUUAAAACAAAGUAGGAUAACUUAUGUUGUUUUUAUUGUAUAAACAUACCACUAACAUUCUAGAGAAUGACAAACCACAUGCUGAAUGAUUUUCUUUUGCUGUUUUAUUUUAACGUUGCUAUAUAAACAUUAUCAGAUAAUGACCAGAUUUUUUUAAUCUGUUUUUCUUCAGGGAGGAACUAAUCCUUAAUCUGGAACAAUACUAUUUAUAGUGGAAAGUACUAUAGGUUUUUUAAGAUAUCAGUUUUUCAUGGGGAGACUAUAAAGUAUUAUAUAGAAAAAAUGAUUCUGCUUUCUAGGAAAUUGUUGCCAAAGAAUUUAUAUAUAAAUAGAAAACAGAGUGGUCUGAAUGUACUUGUCCUGAAAUAACUUUUUAAAAAGAAGGCCCACUUCUUCUUAAAUCUACUCUUUUUUUUAGCUUACUCUAUCCAAAAAUAGUACAGCAGUCUGAAGUGACUGGACUUGCAGGUCAAGUGCUUUAGCUGAGCAUCCAUAAUUCUUGCAGGACUUGAGGCCCCAGUUCAGGAAAGCAUCUCUCAUCCAGACAGCAUACAUGACAAUUUGAAUAGUUUCCUGAAUAACAGCUUGAGAAAUUUGAUUCCCUUCCAGAGUCAUUUGGUAUUUAAAAGUGCUAGCUCUAAUGCAGAGGACACAGGGCCUCACCUACAAACCACGUUACCCCAUGUUAUAGUUGCAGUAAGAACAGCAGAGUUUGGCUUGGUGUGAUUUUGCACAUGCACAACCUGAGCAGGAUUGGAGAUUUGAUUACUAAGGCUGAAAUUCAACCCUCACAGAUAGCCAGCACCUGUACCAUACCCACCCUUCUUUGAAAGCAGAACAUUUUUAAGGUUGACAGUGUCAGAAAGCUGAGGAUGACAGCACAGCUAAUUAGUCCAGUGUGGUGAUGGUAGCCCAUACUGCGGGCAAAGGAAGGGGGAGACAUGGACAGGUUAAUCAGGUCUUGCACUCUGAGCAUCAUACACAUCUAGGGAACCUCACUGCAGAAACCGUACCGACAGUAGUCCCCUCCCAGCUGGGGACACCAGGUGCCAGCAACAGCUCUCUAAGCUUCACCAUGCAGGUGGAAAGGAAAGGAGCUGCAAUGAAAGCCUGCAGCGAGGAACCAGGGCUCCAUGCUGAACAAAUCUCUGCGGCAAGGCACAGCUCAUCAGAGCUUUGCGCUAUCCCAGCCUGCCUCGCAGGCAGGCACAGCCAGAUCUCCUGCCCCACCCCAGGGAUGUCUCGGCUGCUGCGACUUUAGCAAAGUGAGAAGUCUGUAACUUGUGUUUCAAUCUAGCAAUGGAUGUAAAAAUGUAAGAUUUCAGUGUUUGUUUGAAAGCAAGCAGACUUAAAAACCAACAACAAACUAUUGGAAAACUGAUGUCCUAAAGCAUCAUAAUUUUACACAGCAGUUCCCAUUAUAAACCUUUGUUUUAUAUACAAGCAGUCCAAAUUGAGAUUUCAGGGAACCAUCUCAUAGUACUGCUUAUAUGCUGGACUUUGUUUUAAACAUUUCAUCUGUUUCACUUGGACUGCAGAGAAAAGUAUACUGUAUUUAAUUAACUUCAUGUUAUAAUUAUCUGGUCUUGCUGCUGUACAAUAGAAAAAUGUUAAGGGUGUAGACAUUUACAGACAUAAACAGGAAUUGUACCUGGGCAUUAUGUUU